AAGAAAACAAGACAACCGAAAAUAUUUUGAUUUCUUUUCGAUCGAGGGAAAGAGACAUAACAUAAAUAGAGAGAAGGAAAGAAAGAGAUAUACAAUUGGCUUGUGUAACUCAUUCGUUUUCGUGAACGGCACAGGUUUAAAUGGACGAAACAGCAGCUAAUGUUGAAAAUAACAAUGACCAAGAGGAUCCAAAAAUAUCUUUGGAGAUUCCACGGGAAACUCCGGACGAUUCAAAUUUCGAUAUAGACAAUUUCGAUUUCAGGAGAUUGAGCCUGAGUCAACAAACUAUUAUCAGUAUUCACGAUGUCAGCUAUAUCGUUAAGACCAGAAGCCUACCAUUAUGUGGGAAGUUUAAAGAGAAAAUUAUCUUAUCAAAUAUUUCUGGAAUUUUUCCAUCUGGCAUGAAUGCUAUUAUGGGACCAACAGGCAGUGGGAAAUCCUCCUUGUUGAAUGUUAUAAGUGGUCAAAAAAAUCCAGCUGGAUUGUCAGGUACCUUAUUAAUCAAUGGCCGUUUACCACCAGUCAACUUCAAAUGUAAAGUUGGUUACGUAGAACAGGAUGAUGUCGUCAUGCCAACUCUCAGUGUGAAAGAAAACUUGUUGUUUUCUGCAGCCCUUCGUUUGCCUGCUUCAUUUUCAUCAGAAAUCCGUAAAGAAAGGGUGGAUACAUUGAUAGAAGAAUUAGGGCUCUCUGACGUGGCUGACUCCAGAGUUGGCAGUGAAUUAAUACGAGGUAUUUCAGGUGGUGAACGAAAAAGGACUUGUAUUGGUUUGGAACUAAUCACUUCUCCACAGAUUUUGUUUCUUGAUGAACCAACCACUGGUCUUGAUUCCAGUACAGCAUACAGUGUUAUGCAUCUUCUAAAAAAGUUAUCCGAGAAAGGAAAGAAUAUAAUUUUUUCCAUCCAUCAACCACGUUAUUCAAUCUAUAAUUUAUUUGAUAAUAUCACAUUAUUAUACAAUGGAGUUCUUGCCUUUCAAGGACCAAGAAAUGAGGCACUAAGCUAUUUUGAAAGCAUAGGUUACAUUUGUGAAGAACACAACAAUCCAACUGAUUUCUUUCUAGAUGUCAUCAAUGAAGAAACUUCAGAUCAUGAACCCAAUCUAACACUGGCAGAUCAAGAGAUUUCCAAAACUAAGAAGUUUCAAGAUUAUUUCAGAAAAUCUAUUUACUACAAACGUUUGACUGAAACUACUGCUAUCAUAGAGGAGGAAUUUGAAGAAUACUGUAAAACUUCUAGUCUUAAAAGACAUGUACGAGAGCCCUACAGAGCGUCAUUUUUUAGACAGUUGGAAAUUGUUAGUAUACGGGCUUUGAAGAAUUUGUGGCGUAAUCCUGAAGCAUCAAGUUUACUCAUAAUGAUUACCAUCUUAUUUGCUGUUGUUAUUGGUUUAAUCUACUUUCAAUUGGAUGAUUCAAGAAUGGGGCUGCAGAAUAGGAAUGGUGUCAUCUUCUUCAUUAUUGUGAAUCAAAUGUUCUCCAGCUUGUCUGCACUUGAUCUCUUUCUUAAAGAACGCGUACUUUUCGUUCGUGAGAAUUCCCGUGGUUUCUAUCGUUGUUCAUCCUAUUUCUUGGCCAAAGUAACAUGUGACAUUGUACCCAUGCGAAUUCUUCCAGUUACAAUAUUUUGUAUCAUUACAUACUUGAUGAUUGGAUUCAAGAAAGAUGUAAACCACUUUUUCGUAUAUUACAUAACUGUCUUUUUCACCACAAUAACAGCUUCCUGUGUUUCCUUUGCUAUAAGCUCUGGUGUGAGUGCUUUUGCAGUUGCAAACACUCUUAUUGGUCUCGUUUUCGUUUUUAUGAUGCUUUUUAGUGGAUUCCUUGUGCAUAUAGAUUCUUUACCCAAACAUUUCCAAUGGAUCAAAUAUUUAAGUCUUACCCGUUAUGGAACUGUUCUACUAUCAAUCAAUGAACUAAAGGGCAUGACCUUCUGUCCCAUUAUCCAAGGAGUCAAAAAUUGUAAUGUAAGUGUCAUAAGAGGCAAUGACUACCUUGAAGAGCAGAGUAUUGAGUACAGUGAACCAUGGGAUCUCUGGCAUAAUCUUCUUGGUUUCUUCUUUAUGAUUAUAGUCUCUUUGGUUAUUGCAUACAUAACAUUGCUUCGUAUAAACAAAAUGAAGUGAAUAAAUAAUAAUGAUAAUAUGUG